AUGAGCGCAGUACAGAAGCUGAGAAACAUGCUUGCCGAUCCGGACAAGUUCAUCGUGUGUCCGGGCGUGUAUGAUGGGUAUACGGCCAGGAUUGCGCUUCAGGAAGGCGCAGAGUGCUUGUACAUGACCGGCGCCGGAACCACGAUGUCCAGACUCGGUAUGCCAGACAUGGGCAUAGCUACGCUCAACGACAUGCGCGACAACGCCGCCAUGAUCGCCUCGCUCUCACCCAACACGCCCCUAAUCGCAGAUGCAGAUACCGGCUACGGCGGCGCCAUCAUGGUCGGACGAACCGUGCAAGCCUACAUCCGCGCCGGCGUCGCUGGCCUACACCUAGAAGACCAAGUCGUAUCGAAGCGCUGCGGCCACCUCAAAGGCAAACAGCUCGUCGACGCCGCAGAAUUCACCUGCCGCAUCCGCGCCGCCGUCCUCGCUCGCCAGCAAACCGCCGGCGGCGACAUCCUGCUCAUCGCGCGCACCGACGCCCUGCAAGCCCGCGGCUACGCCGAAGCCCUCGCGCGCCUCCGCGCCGCCGUCGCCGCCGGCGCAGACGUAGCGUUCCUCGAGGGCGUCGCCUCAAGCGCCGAAGCUGCGCGGCUCGUCGCUGACCUCGCGCCCACGCCCUGCCUCUUUAAUAACGUGCCCGCCGGCGUGUCGCCGGAUUUCAGCACCCGCGAGGCGCAGCUGCUGGGGUUCAGGAUGGCGAUAUAUCCUGUGCUGGCCUUGGAGGUCGUGUAUCCCGCGGUUAGGAGGGCGGUGAGGCAGUUGCUGGGGAGUGGGAGGGUCCAGAGUGUGGAAGAAGAUGGGAAGAGGUGGAGUCCGAGGGAGCUUUUUGAGGUGUGUGGGUUGGCGGAGUGUGUGAAGUUUGAUAGGGCGGCUGGGGGGACGGGGUGGUUGGAGGGGGUGUGA